AUGGCUGCCAACGGGACAGAGGCCACUGCCAGCGCCCAGGUGGCUGAGGAAGAACCAGUACAGCAGCCGAGUGUGGUGGACCGCGUGGCCAACAUGCCUCUCAUCGGCUCCACCUGCGACAUGGUGUCUGCGGCCUACACCUCUGCCAAGGAAAAUUACCCCCACGUCAAGUACGUCUGCGACGUGGCAGAGAAGGGCAUGAAAACCCUCACGGCGGCCGCUGUCAGCGGGGCCCAGCCCAUUCUCUCCAAGCUGGAGCCACAGCUUGCAUCCGCCAGUGAGUACGCCCACAAAGGGCUGGACAAGCUAGAGGAGAACCUGCCCAUCCUGCAGAAGCCCCCUGAGAAGGUCCUAGAAGACACCAAGGAGCUUGUCUCAUCCAAAGUGUCAGGGGCCCGAGAGAUGGUGUCCAACACAGUGUCCAGUGCCAAGGACACUGUGGCCACCCGAGUGACGGAAGCAGUGGAUGUGACCCGGGGCACUGUGCAGAGUGGCGUGGACAAGACCAAGUCCGUGGUAACCAGCGGUGUCCACUCAGUCAUGGAAUCCCGUGUAGGCCAGAUGGUCCUGAGUGGAGUUGACACGGUGCUGGGCAAGUCAGAGGAGUGGAUGGACAACCACCUCCCCAUGACGGACGAGGAGCUGGAGACUGCAGCCAAGAAAAACCUAGGGGGCUAUUAUGUUCUUUUCCAUGGGAUUGCUAGGGGUAUUGACGGGAGCUUCCUUUGCUGCUCUCUCUUGCUCCAGAUGGAAACGGUCAAGCAGGGAGUAGACCAGAAGCUGGUGGAGGGUCAGGAGAAGUUACACCAGAUGUGGCUUAGCUGGAACCAGAAGCAGCUCAAGGAGACGGAGAAGGACCCGGCCAAGCCAGAGGUGGAGUCCCGAGCGCUCACCAUGUUCCGGGACACAGCCCAGCAGCUGCAGACCACCUGUGCCUCACUGACGUCCAGCCUCCAGGGCCUGCCCACCAAUGUCAUGGACAAGGCCCAGCAGGCCUGCCACCAGAUGGAAGACCUCCAGGCCACCUUCUCCGGCAUCCACUCCUUCCAGGACCUGUCCGGCACCAUCCUGACCCAGAGUCGAGAGCGGGUCGCCAAGGCCUGUGAGGCCCUUGACGAGAUGGUCGAGUACGUGGCCCAGAACACGCCCAUCACGUGGCUGGUGGGACCCUUCGCCCCUGGGCUCACUGAGAAGGCCCUGGAAGAGAAAAAGUAG